GUAUUUUGUCGGUGCUCCGGCAUCACUGAACAGCACACGUACCUCCGCUGCAGCUCCACGGCUCGCUGUCAGGUGCGGAUCAGACCGACUCCAGUUUCAUAUCCUGCGAUCACCCCUCCACACACGGUCUGUAUUUCAGAAACGCUAAAGGAUUUAUUUCACCACUCUGUUUAUGAAUUGCGACUGAUAAAGACCCUUAGGCUGGUGUGGAGUUUUGUAACAAAAGGAUUCCUGUGUGCACUGGAAUAUAUCAGCCGAAAAUGAGGAACUGUUGAGCACCGUCAGGUCACUUUGGAGCCAUACUGUGCGUGGAUGCCUCCGACCCUUGCUGGAUGAUUCCAUCUCAGUGAUGAAAGGCUUAUCCAGCAGCCGCAGCCACCACCACGUGGUGACAUGUGACCCCUCUUUUGACUCCAUGGGUCACCACUUGGACCACAAGCCCUACCUCAUCAGCCAGAUCGACAACCCCCACCCAGUCGACCACUCUUACUACUCCCAGAGAAGCCCUUACCAGCCCGACUGCGUGGUGCCUUACGGGACCUUCCCCCGCCGACACUACAGCUCUCAGCAUGAGCUGAAGGACGAGACCGCUGUGGUUCCCUACACUGGGGGAGGGGUUCCAGCCAACAAGGGCCAACAGCGUCUCCCUGUCGCCCUGUUGGAUCAGUUCGAUCGGCAACUCCCAGUGCCUCGGGAUGGCUAUCACACGCUGCAGUACAAGCGUGCCGCCGCAGCCUUGGAGCAACGGAGCGACAGCCCUGGCCGAAUCCGGCACCUGGUACACUCCGUUCAGAAGCUCUUCACCAAGUCCCACUCACUAGAGGGCCCUCACCAUGGUCAUGGCCACGGCAAGGGCAGCAUCAACGGAGGCAAGGCCAGCCCCGACGGAGAACCCCCUGCUAUUCGGCACCGCAAGCGCAGCAAGAGCCGGGAGCGCUGCAAGUCGGCUGAACCCAAGAAUAGGACGCCACCUUCUGGCUACUGGAGCUCAGAUGAAUUGGAACGCGAGGCCUGCCUAUUUCACCAUGGACCACCGGGCGUCAUGACCAUGGGCCGUCACCCGGAUAAGUCGCAGUCGCAGUACUUCUUGGAAGCCUACAACACCAUCAAUGACCAGGCACUUAAAAACUCCCGCAGCAGCAAUGAUUUGGGCAAGUGCUCGACGUGCACGAGCAUCCCGCUGAGCGUGGACGCUUCACAGCUCGUGAAGAAGAGCUCAUGGUCGUCCUCUCUCACGGUGAGCAGAGCACGUCAAGUCUACCAGAAGGCCUCUGUAAAUGUAGAUAAGGCUCUAAUGAAAGCAGAGGCUUGUCAGCAGGAGCGCUCAUGCCAAUUCUUGCAGGUCCCUCAAGAUGAGUGGGGAGGCUUUCCACUGGGGAAAGAUGAGGAUAUCCCGUGCAGACGCAUGCGCAGCGGGAGUUACGUGAAAGCCAUGGCUGAGGAAGACAGCGGAGAUUCGGACGGCAGCCCUAAACCCUCGCCCAAGAUGCAGGCACGACGGGCCAGCUACCUCAAAGCCACACAGCCAUCACUCACAGAGAUGACCACCCUAAAUAUCUCUACAGAACACUCUCCAAAGCUGCAGAUCCGGAGUCACAGCUACUUGCGAGCGGUGAGUGAAGUUUCCAUCAAUAGGAGCAUGGACACCCUGGACCCCAAAGCUCUGCUAGCCUCUCCCCAAUACCGCUCGCGCAACGAGAGCUACAUGAGGGCUAUGAGCACCAUCAGCCAGGUGAGUGAGGUUGAGGUUAAUGGGCAGAUCGAGGCAGUGUGUGAGAGUGUGUUUAGUGAAAUGGAGUCACAGGCAGUGGACGCCCUGGACCUGCCCAUGCCUGGGUGCUUCCGCAUGAGGAGUCACAGUUACGUGCGUGCCAUCGACCAGGGCUGCUCGCAGGACGACGAUGGGCCUUUGCUCCCGGCCUCCCCCCCGAGGACCACCACUACUGUCAGAACCAUCCAGAGCAGCACAGUAUCAUCAUGUAUCACCACCUACAAGAAGACUCCUCCGCCGGUACCUCCUCGCACCUCCACCAAGCCCUUCAUCUCCAUCACGGCCCAGAGCAGCACUGAGUCUGCGCAGGACGCUUACAUGGACGGUCCCGGGACGGGGGGUGAGCCCAUCCUCCACUCUGGCCUGAGCAAUUCCACCGAGAGCAUUGACAGCAUGAAAGCGCUGACGGCAGCCAUCGAGGCGGCCAAUGCUCAGAUCCACGGCCCUGCCAGUCAACACGUCAGUAACAGCACCAUCACCAUCAGCACUACCCCUCCCUCUCCGCUGCCCAUGCCUAUGCCUGUGCCCGUCCCCAUUCCCAUACCGGCCCUGGAUAACAUCCGCAGGGAUGUGCUCAGGAAGAGCAGAUGCCUUUCUAUUGGCAUCCAGGUGGAUGGGCCUGAGGACCAGGAACUGGAGGACCAGUCCAAGUUUCAGUCAGUGGGGAUUCAGGUUGAAGAAGAGCAUGGUCACCGGCGGUUCAAGCGCUCAAACAGCGUGACGGCAGCAGUACAGGCUGAUCUGGACACUCCGGACUACACACCAGCUGAAUCUCCUGUCACAGAUUUCCCCUCCUCGGGCUGCUUGUCCCGGCAGUACUCACGUGAUGCCGCCACCUCCACCGUCAGCAUCCAGGGCUCAGGGAAUCACUACCACGCCUGCACCUCAGAUGAGUAUGAGGACGUUGGCUUUGAUCCCUCCAUCCUGCCUCCACCUGACCCUUGGAUCGAUAGCGUAACGGAAGAUCCCUUGGAAGCCGUGGGCCGCUCGGUGUGUCAGCGAGACGGCCGCUGGUUCCUGAAGCUGCUGCAGGCGGAGACUGAACGUAUGGAGGGCUGGUGCAGGCAGAUGGAGCACGAUGAGAAGGAGAACAAGCUACCUGAUGAAAUCCUGGGGAAGAUCCGCAGUGCAGUGGGAAGUGCACAGCUGCUUAUUUCCCAGAAGUUUCAGCAGUUCAGGGAACUGUGUGAGGAAAAUCUGAACCCAAACGCUCACCCACGGCCAGUGGCUCAAGAUCUGGCAGGGUUCUGGGACAUGCUUCAACUUUCCAUUGAGAAUAUCAGCUUAAAGUUUGAUGAGCUUCACCAGCUCAAAGCCAACAACUGGAGACCCCUCGACCCCCCCGAGAGAAAGGAGAGAAGGCUGCCUCCCCCAGUGCCAAAGAAACCCCCGAAAGGCCACCCUCCCCUGGCCAGAGAUCGCUCGCUGGAAAGCACCGAGAAGCAGCGUCAGGAGGCGCGCAAGCGUUUGAUGGCGGCCAAACGAGCUGCUUCGGUACGGCAGAACUCGGCCACAGAAAGCGCAGACAGCAUCGAGAUCUAUAUACCUGAAGCCCAGACCAGAUUAUGAAACUGCCAAAUGCCAAAAUGCACUCACACAGGAACGCCCAAGUGCAGAAAUCCGCCGCGAGCACAACACGUCACACAGAUCUAUACUUGCCUAAUGCUAAGAUCACUGUAUAUUAGGAGCGACAUACACCAGCACCAUGAUAGCACAGUAGUAGUAAUUUGACCUUUCAUUACUGAAACAAAUGACAUCCAAGAUAGAUCUACAUCAUAUUUCUAUGACCCUUAAGACUUCAGGACAAAUGACUUGUUUAAUUUUACACAAGUGAAAACAAGGCUGUUUUUUGGGAAAGACUAUUUCAGGGUUUAUGAAAAUCUGUACGACCUGAACAUCCUGUGGUGGAAAUGAUCGAGGGACUUUCGUUUUGUACUUUUUUCAGUAUGAAUAUUCAGAUUUUUUAUUUGAGAAGCAGCACUGCAUAAAAUAUGAAAAACUGUUUUCAUAGUUUGUCUUGAAAAUAUACUACCGAUCUCUUUUGCAGAUUUCUUAGACAAAUCGAAAGUUACAAAAGCAGAAUUUAUUUGAAAUGGAAUCUUUCGUAACGCUACUGAUGACUUUACAGAACGCUCACUUUGGAUCAAUUUAAGGCAUUCUUCCUGAAUAAAAAUAUUAAUUUCUUUCAGAGAAAAAUAACUGGCCCCGAGCCUUUUUGUCCUUGAACACUGGCUAAUUUUUUUUCACUUGUUUUAAAGAUUGUUUUAAAAAGUUAAAGAAUAUGCCAGUGCUUUUACACAAAGUAUACUAGUUUUAAAGAUACAUUAUGUCUUAUGCAGUCAUGCUUCUCAAUUCAUCUUGUUUCAAAGAUUUCAAUAUAGUUUUACUAGAAAAUAUGUCAAAAACUCUCAUCUCGUCAAGAAUAUGACUUUUGCAGUGUGUAAUUAUAUACUGCUGGAUAUACAGCAGAACUGUCCCUCACAGCCUCGCUUGUAUUUGUGUCAAAUUAAAUAUUUCUACCCUGAAUAAAAUCUAUGACUAGAUCAUUCACACAGCUCAGCCACUUUAUAUACACUCUUUUUUAUGCAUGUGUGGUUACAUUCAGUUUGUUUGUAAACACAUAAUAGACAUGGUUACACAUGCACACGUGCAUAACAACCUCUCUCGUUCACCUUGUAGAUAAAUAUGAGCAUAUACACACGUAUAUAAUUUAUCAUUUAACAGUUUUACACAGACUUAUCACACAAGCUGGGUGUUUGUAAUAUAAUCUGUCUGUACCUUUUUCCUUAAGAGUUGAAGGAAUGUUAUAGCAGGUUUAAUGUUUUACUUCUCCAGUCGUUCCAUUUGUCUUUCUCUUUCACACGCUGUCUUAAUCUGAUGAUCUAAAGAGAUGUGAUCAUAGUGAAUUAUGUUCCUAGCCAUGUGAAGUAGGUAAACUCGCUCUCUCAGUCCCUCUAGGAAAUACUGUAUCCUGUUGGUUUUUUAGCAUUUCUGUUUUCUCAGAAGAGCAGAAGAACUGCUAGCAGUUCUUUCCUGCUUCUAUCCCGGCCCUUUUUUUUUUGUCGUACAAUUGGAAAAUGAUGACCAUAUGUUGAGCUAAAAGCAAUACUCGUAAGAAAUUCUAAUAUUCCUACAUUAUUUUGAUGUAGAGAUUCUGUAAAACUGAUUCAUUGCUAAUGAAAAGAUGCCUUCACUAUUCUGUAGCCAUUUCUGUUUCUUGCCAUUCUGAUGCUUGCUAUUGUGAAUGCUUAUCAAUGGCCACUCAUGAAUAGUUCUUAUUUUAAAUCCUCUUUAGUCAUACGUGGGACAUUUAGGCACAUUAUUAUAUUCUUUAGUGUAUUAAAUACAAAUAAUCUUACUAAUCAUUUUUCUAACAUAGAUUUGGGGCCUUCUGUGGAUUUUUAUGUAGACAAGUAGAGGUACUUCAAUGAGACGACUGCAAAAAAGUGACACUAGAAGGGGAGUUUUAAUAAAAUGCAAGCUUUUCAUCGUUCACGAGAUUAUGUCUUUCCAGUAGCAAUUUCAGUGACUUCAUUUAAUGUGUUUUAAUACUGUGUUGGGGCACGGGGGGAAGUUUUUUGUAAGCUUUGUGCUCAAAAGGGUUGUGACUCUGAGAGGACCGUGUGACUCUGCCUGAUCGGUCGUGUCAGGUGAGCUAAACUAGCGUUAAACUCUCAGGAAAAGACAGAGGUGAAGUGAGUGCAGCAAAUUCAGGGUCUCCCAGUAGUGAUGUUUUACGUGUGUUUUUGUGAGCGUGUUUGCGUGUUCAGUGCACACAGGUGUGAGUCUGUUUGUGUUUUGAAGAAUGUAUGUAUCUUUAUGGUAAAAAGGGGUGUAUGUGAGCCUGUGUGCAUCGUGUGUGUGUGAGAGAGAGUGUAUAAAAGUGCUUCCUGAUUUUAUUGGUUAACACAAUCUUUGAAUUUUUUCUGUUGGUUGAAGUCAAGUAGCCUCAUGAACUCGUGUACAGUAUCAAAGCCCCUUGUUCUUAUUUUAGUCUAUAUUGUUUGUACAAGAAAACAAUGAUGAGGAUGUUCCUGUAAGCAUGCAGACACAAUAAGAGUCCUAUAGAUAUAUAUCUAAUUUAUACUAUUGUUUAUUUAUGUACUUAUUUAUUUGUCUUAUCUAUUUAGGGUUUAUUUUAUACUGUUUCGAUUCUGUUUAGUGAUCUGUCAUGCCGCCCUCAUAUUGUGAAUAUGUUGUACUGUAUGUAUAAACAUUAUAUGUGCAUACAUACAAUGAACAAAGAAUAAAUUCUUCAAACUUUA